GAAAAACCCUCGACAAGGAGUAGUGUUCUCUCGAGCAAAGAGCCUUACCUGGUACGAAUUAGAAUUAAUUGGACCAAUACAUUUCAGAAAUCAAAUCAACGAAAAUGAAAUAAGCCAAUUUAUUAAUAUCUUUCGCGAAUAAAGAAAGACAAAAGAGAGUUAGAGAACAAGAAAUGAAAGUAGACCCUAAAGAAAUCCAAGUUUAUAAAAGCCAUAGUACUCUACUCCAAAACCAAGCAAGUCUCACUCUAAGAAACAUACUCUUCUUUCCGCACUUUCAAGCAAAGUUCCAAAGACCCCUUUGAAGAAAAAAAUGGCAGAUGAUUACUCAUCAUCUCAGCCUCCUUCAAUUCAUUUAUGUUUCUUCUUUCUUGUUCUUUUCAUGUUUGUAAGUGUUACAUGGUACAUCAACUAUGAGUCUAUCUUCGAAGGCAUUAUGGAUCAAUUGAAGCUUGUUCUCAUGUUGUCUCCGUUGGUUCUCCUUCUAGUUGUUCACUUACUUUCGAGCUUUGAGAAAUCCAUGAUGUUCAUUCCCUUGCCUGAACAAGACUCAUUUCAUAGAGCUGGUGGUACUCCUUGGGGAGUUGGCAUUCUCCUUGUGCUUCUCCUUUUCAUGAUUUCUUAUCACUCUGAUAUUCGAGAACGAUGGUUUCCUCUUCUAAGUUGAUGACAUUAAUUGGUUAUUUACUUUAGUUUUCAGACAAGUAGUUUUAUUUGUUAUGAACAGUUAUAUGUAAUUAUCUUUUAGUUGAUUUGAGUAAGGAGGACUUCGAGUUUUCGAGAGUUAAGAGGAGCAUUAGCUAGAAAGAGAAAGCCCUUGUACAUUGUAAUUGGGAUGUUUAAUUAGUGUUUUUCUUGUUAUCUUUUCAA